UACAAUUUUAUUUUGAAAGUCUUGACAGGAUAGCGGGGCCGUUGUUUGGUGAAUUUGACGACAUCCUAGAAAGUCGAUCCCCUUCUCAUUUGGUCAAAUCUCCAAAUACCAUUCAGGUCAAACUUCGGUAAACUUUGAAGUGGCUGCCGAAACGUACAAACAAAUAUAUUAAAAGGAUAUUGCCCUCGUUAUAAACGUCCAUUAAGAAAGCAGACUGCUAUGGACCCAAGCGCCCCUCCUAAGCAAUGGCCAGAUGAGAAGUCUUCCAUGGCCCAGGCGCCCCCGCCACCUUACCAGGACAAUCUGUACCCGGGAUACCCCCAGCCGGGACCGGGUUGUUACUCUCCCCAUCCGCAGGAGUCUGUUUAUCCGCCAGCGUAUGGCGGUGCCGCGUACGGGCAGCAGCAGUACACGGCGGAUCAACAAUACCCACUCCAGGCCGGCACGGUCACCAUCCAGCCCACGGUGCUCGUGACCCGGGCCCCGCUGGAGACCCCCGUCAAUGACUACAUGUGCUACUCCAUCUUCACCAUGCUGUGCUGCUGCCUGCCCCUCGGAAUCGCAGCCCUCAUCUACUCAAUUAAUGCCCGAGAAGCCAACCACAGUGGGGAUCAGCUGAUGGCCGAGCGGAGCAGCCGCACUGCCAGAACACUUAACCACGUGGCCCUAGGACUCGGCAUCGGCGGCGCUGUCCUCUUAAUCGUCUAUGUGGUGGUUGUGGUGUCCCUGGUGUCUCGCUAAACUUAUUUCAAAAAUGUCCUAGUAUCCUAUUUUCCAUUUCCAAAUACUACAUCAGCUCACUAUGGCCUUUGCGUUGAAGUCACCUGAUUGUCUGUUAGUUAAAAGAGAAAUGUCGGAGGAUUUUAUUUGUUUUGAUUUGUUCGCAAUAUGACAAAAUUAAAAUUAUCCAAAUGUUGCUAUUAUAUUUGAGCCGGUUGAAAUGUGAACUCCCUUCCGAUCAGCUUCCCUGGUGUUUUGGUACCGGUACAUGUGUAAAAACAACCGAUUUUUUUAUUUUGUUUUCCCCCAACAUAAUCUUACAGAAGGUGUCAAUAAACAUAGCUUUCAAAAUGAACUUCAAAGGUGGUAGAAUGGACAUGCAUCACUGUUUUUCACAUCUAUCAUAUAUAUUUGAGCCGGUUGAAAUGUGAACUCCCUUCCGAUCAGCUUCCCUGGUGUUUGGUACCGGUACAUGUGUAAAAACAACCGAUUUUUUUAUUUUGUUUUCCCCCAACAUAAUCUUACAGAAGGUGUCAAUAAACAUAGCUUUCAAAAUGAACUUCAAAGGUGGUAGAAUGGACAUGCAUCACUGUUUUUCACAUCUAUCAUGGGCCAGUCGCCACAACAAGGAUACAUGAAAAAAGACUGAAGAGUAAAAUCAUCCUUUGCAUGAAAAAGUGCUGUUUUUCCUCUGCUUCGAGAGGGAAAGAAAUGAUUCACAGUUCUGAUAAAACUGCCCCUCAAGCAACAUCCUUCCUCAUAUCGUCAAUAGCUGCCAUUGUUUUCGGCUACACAAGCCCCUUCGUUUCAGCCUCACAAAGUCAGCUUGAAGAUGGCUGAUAAUUACCUCCUGUUUCCCUUGAGGGAUGUUAAUCAAUGUAAUAUAUAUCCAUCCAUCCAUUUUCUGAGCCGCUUGUGGGGUCGGUGGGCGACUGGUUAGAGCGUCUGCCUCACAGUUCUGAGGACCGGGGUUCAAUCCCCGGCCCCGCCUGUGUGGAGUUUGCAUGUUCUCCCCGUGCCUGCGUGGGUUUUCUCCGGGCACUCCGGUUUUUCCCCCCACAUCCCAAAAAGAUGCAUGGAAGGUUAAUUGAAGACUCUAAAUUGCCCAUAGGUGUGAAUGUGAGUGCGAAUGGUUGUUUAUUUCUAUGUGCCCUGCGAUUAGCUGGCAACCAGUUCAGCAUGUACCCUGCCUCCUGCCCGAUGAUAGGUGGGAUAGGCUCCGGCACUCCCGUGACCCUAGUGAGGAGAAGCGGCUCAGAAAAUGGAUGGAUGGAUGUCACUCCCUUCCACUAAGUUUCAUUGAAAUCAGUUGAGUAUUUUCUUCUGCACUUUGGCCUCGGUUGAGGUCUAUGGUUUAAAAGGGAUUGAUUGCAAGUGGUCUUUCCAUGUAAAAUAACUGUCCAAGAGGACCCUCCCCCUUCCAAAGAUUUAUAGUAUUAUAUCCUGCUUAGUGUUCUGCCUUUGAUGCCUUAAAAACGGAGUACUGCAUUGUUGCGCCACACGUACAGACGUCAGAAAUCAUAUUCAGAUUUUUUAUUUUUUUUUUACUGUUGCUUCCUUCCACUUUGCUUUUGAAUGUGUCUAUGAUGACUAACCCUCAGAAAUGUAUGCUUUUCUAUCAUGUCGUGAAAACUAAUCACAUAAUUUGCAGGAGGAGAGAUGUACCUGUAUAUGAUGUCAUACGCUCCUCCUCCAAUUUUUGGUGUCACAUUUUUUGGUGUGCAAGGCCAAAUAGGAAAAUGUACCACUGGUCACAAAAUCAGCAGGUUGGUUGGUUAUGAGGCGGUUGUUGUGAAAUGGUCAUUAUCUGCUAUGUAUCCUUGCAGAGUGUCUAUGUUCUUCUCUCAUCCAAAGCUGACAAAGCCAGCCUAUACUUUGUAACAAAUUUCCUUAUAAAUAAAGUUCCACAUAUUU